GUUCCAAUCCAUUAUGGGCCUCUCACAAUAUCCAACUCCAGCAGAUGCGGGAGUACUCGGUGUAAUUCUAGUAAACACAGCCAUAUCCAUCUCCAUUAUCAAGGAGAUACUCCGUUCGAUCCUUCGUGUGAUUGGCAUCCGUAUCGCAUCAUGGGAAGACUAUUCUAUUGAAGGACAUUUGGACUCACUUGAAUGCCGUGGAAGCCCACCAGAAUCAUACAUGGAGGAGUUCAGAAGCCGAACGCCUGCAUUUCGUUAUGACUCGCUAUGUAUCUCUAACCACCCUGAACAAGAAUGCUCUGUGUGCCUGACAAAAUUCGAGCCUGAUGCAGGGGUGAACAGCCUCUCAUGUGGUCAUGUUUUCCAUAAGCUGUGUCUAGAGAAGUGGCUCAGGUAUUGGCAUGUAACUUGUCCUCUUUGCAGAAAUUACUUGAUGCCUCAACAAGAAGAGGACGAUACGUGUCCAAUGUGAGAUUAAACGUUUUACGGUGCCACUUCAUUCAUUUGCUGAUGUUAUUAUGUACAGCUUAGUAGUGUACAGCUUGAGUAUGUGGAGGCUUGAUCUUUGAUGUGAUAUAGUCUGUUAGCUUGUCAUAUUUGUGAUGGUUUGCGUCCUCUCAGAGUGACGGGUCUCUUUCGUGUGACCAAAAAACUUAUACUAUGUUGUACAUGAUUUAGUCCUUUAGCUUCUUGUGUUUGUAAUGCUUUGCGUCCUCUCAGAGUGACGGGUCUCUUUCGUGUGACCAAAAACUUGUACAUUAUAGUACAUGGUGUAGUCGUGUAGCUUAUUAAUGCAUUUCGUCCUCUCCAAGUGACGAGUCUCCUUUGGCAUGACCAAGAACUUCUACAUUGUUGUACAUAUUACCCAAAACUUGCUCUUAUGUUACUUACAGCAACUACGAACUUGAGCAUAUGCUAUCAAUAACAUACUCAGUGUUCUCUCAAA